AUGAGCGUCUCCUCCAGCGACUUCCCCGGUCCCUCGAGCACAGAGUCGCCGCCGGUUCUGAUGGCGCCAGCGCCCGUCAACGUCUCAGCAGCGGCGCAAUCAGCCGUGGGCUACAAGACAGCCGCCACCCAAACGGAAGCGACCAUGCUCGAGCUGUUUCAAGCGUAUUCUAAGCGCAAGUGGGCGCUCAGUCUUGCUGAGCAAUACAUGAACAUUCACCCGUCGUUCAGAGAGGGCGACAUCAUCCUCAAGUCCUCGGAUGAUCUCGGCUUCAAAGUCUCCCUCGCCAGCCUGGAAGAGAACUCUGCCUUCUUCAAGGACCUUGCCGAUCUCCCACGCCCCGAGGACACGUCCAACGUCAUUCCUAUACCCAACGCAUCGGCCAAGACUCUUGAGAUCCUUUUGUCUGCUUUACGCCCCGGAGGGAAGGACGUCCCAGUGCCCUCUGUCUCGAUCCUGAACGAACUCGUCGAUGUCGUGGAGGCGUUCGACUUCAACAUGCGGCCCUACCAUAACGCGGUGUUCUCCUCUGGUUUGAACAUCGUCAUCAAGUACGCCUUCGCAUAUGCCUACGCCCACGCCUGGAAGGACGGAUUGGAGCGAGAGAUCUGGAAGACAGACGCACUGAACUCCAAUCAAUCCUGGAAUCGCUGUCCUGAGGCACUAGUCGAACUGUGCUCUCUGCGACAGCGAUGGUCGCUCGCGCCUGGGAAGUUUAAGAACAUGUUUGUGUCAACGGAAAUCCUAGGCAAAGACGACUUCGUGAAGAAGUGCGAGAGGCGGGGGCGGGGGGGUUGUCCCGCGUACAUUCGAUCCGGCGGUGAUUGGGACACUCUGAAGCGAGCCACUGCGAACGCCGUAUCGCGGGACUUUCCAAAGUCUCCCUACGUCAAAAGCUCCGCCGUUGAACUUAUCUGCAACACAGCUGUCCCCUGCACUACGUGUGCGGAGCGCUUAUCACGGCACGCCGCGGACGUCUGGGAUAAACUUGUCUACUCUGGAAAAUGGAAGAAUUGA